AUGUCUAGAUGGCCUAAUUUAUUUGCGUUAGACAAUGGUAAGAACUGUCUGGUGUGCGAUCGUCUUCCUGAAGUGGGUGGCAUUGUGUCGUGGGACUGGAUUAGGGAACCUUCCUCGCAGUCCGAGCUGGAGGAAUUGGCUGAGAGUUUUUCCGUGUUGCUCAGUGCUCCGAGAAUCUUGGGUAAUGACAGAUGGAUUUGGUCCCCGGUUGCUUCAGGGAAAUUCUCUAUUAGGUCCUUCAAAGUUUUGGCUUCGGAUCAACCUCCUGAAGACAAUGUGGUUAAGGUUCCGAACUGCAAAUGGCUGCCAUCUAAAGUGAAUAUCUUUAUGUGGAGAGUGGCGAUGGGUCGGAUCCCUACUAAGCAAGCGCUGGCCAGAAGAAACGUCUCGGUUAGUUCGAAUGAUUGCGUGUUUUGUGGGGUAGGGGUCGAGAACGUGGAGCAUUUGUUUACGGGAUGCAUCACGGCGAUGAGGGUGUGGAGUUGCAUUUCACAGUGGGCCAAUAUUCCUCCUAUUUAUGCUUUCUGGGGUUGA